AUGUCGCAGGUUCCAGACACCUGUGUCUGUGGGGGACUGACAGGAACAGUCACCUCACCAACUACCACAGUGCUGCUGCCGUCAAUUCCCUGGAAAGUGCAGAAUCCGCCUCCGACUGAGGAAAUCUUGGAACCGUCGGCACCCCAGAAGGUGAUGGCGACUUCGAAGGCUGAGUUAUCGGUGGGAGCAGCGCUGGCCAGAGCAGCAAAGGCUUCUUGUCAAUGUGGUGAUGAGAAGAUGAUGCUG